UUCCUGUUCUUCAACCUUUUUCAGUAGCUUUGUGAGUCGUUGUCCUCAAACUGUCUUUAAAGUGUCGUAUAUGUCUGUUGGACGUCUUGCUUUGCCUUUAUUUCUCCCUGAUAAAGGCAAAAGCCCCUUGGCAACAUUAAUGAAUUGGAUUUAUUUCAGGAAAUGGUUUAGUCACCAGGCCACUCCCACAUUCCUGCCUUCACUUUAAUCCUUCACCCAACCCGCAGCACAGGACAAAAGUUGCUGAGGGUUUCUAGAGAAGCAUUCCAGGCAGUAAUUAUUGCAGCAAAGCCUCUGGGCGAUGAGAGGGGCAUCAAUGAACUUGGCUUGCCACUGAAAAUGACCUUAAACAAAGGUCUUUCUCACCCUUCAGCCUGUUCCUCCUGUUGAUGAGGGGUCUGAUGAUCAGCAAACGAUGCUGUGGUGCUCUGUCUGCUCCUUCAGGCUGCUCCUUCAGGCUGCUCCUUCAGGCUGCUCCUUCAGGCUGCUCCUUCAGGCUGCUCCUUCAGGCAGCUCCUUCAGGCUGGUGCUGCCUCCUUGGCAAACACCCAGGCCACAGACAUUAUGCUACCUUCCUGAGAAGUGAACAUUCAGGUUUUCCCGCAGAUGGUUGAGUACCAGCAUCACACUGCAGAGCGUCUCAGUCCAUGUUUUCUGCUGCAGACUUCAAGCUCAGCUCCGUCACGCUGGCCGGCCGUCGACCUGCGAGGAACCCGUCUGAGAAGCUGAGGCUCAGGUGACGUCAGCAGCAUGGAGAACCCACAGAAGAAGAAUCAGAGCAAAGCUCAGAGUAAGGGAGGACCUUCCAGCAAGCAGCCAGCAGAAGCAGGACCCAGCAGACCGUCCUCCAAGCGCUCCUCAGCAUGUCCCAGCUGGUGCUGGCCUCGUCAGAAAACAGAACCUGAGGAACCUGUUCAGGCACCUCAACCUGUGACUGAGGCUAAAGCUAAAGCUGAUACCAAGCCCUCGAUCUUUCGAAGCCUUGUUCCCAGGUUUUGGACUGAAGACCAGGAAGGAAUCUGGCCCUUGGUUUGUCCUCCUGAUGACAAAGAUGCUGAGUCUAAGGUUUGGGUGAAGAAGUCUGUGGAAAACCUGAACAACACAGAGCUGAUGCACUUCCACUGGUUCCUGCAAUCUGCAGAGAAGUCUGUGGACGGCUUUGCACCAAUCAAAAGGAGCCGUCUGCAGCACGCCGGCAGGCUGGACACAGUGGAUCUGAUGAUCCAAACGUAUCCCACUAACUACCGAAAGGUCACCGAGAAGAUUAUGGAGAAGAUCAGCAAGAAUAGACAAAAUGAGGUAUUUAACUGGGUCAUGGUUAAUUUGGACAAUCUGGACGACAGAGAGCUGAAGUACUUCCACUGGUUCCUGCAAACUGCGGACGAGUCCAAGGACGGCUUCAAGCCCAUCAAGAAGACUCGCCUGAAGGAUGGGGACAGAAUGGACACAGCAGAUCUGAUGGUCCAGACGUACGCCACAGACACCAAGCAGGUCACCAAGACCAUCAUGAAGAAGAUCAUGAGCAGUAAAGACAACGGUUUACCUGAAGCUGAGAAGCAGAUGAAGAUAUCUUCUCCAGCGGCUGCAGAAGAGGAAGAGCUCUCCAAGAUGCUGGACCAGUUUGUCAAGAAAGCUCCAAAGGAAACCCUGACCCAGCUCUCAGAGGCUCUGGUAGCUGAUGGAGUGCUGAAGUCCUCUGAGAAGGAAAACAUCCUGCAGAAGAACCACACCAGAGCCAACAAAGCCAGCUGCCUUGCUGACACCGUCAUGGCUAAAGGAACCGGGGCCUGCAAGAAGAUGAUUGAUCACCUGCAGACUGUGGAUGCUCCACUUUCCUCCAAGCUAGGCUUGCUCUCUGGGCCGUCUGCCCAACAAGGUAACACUUCACAGGAAUCAAAAUUCAAAUCAAUAGGCGAACCAGGACUGGCCUUUCAACAGUUUCUCGGUUUAGCAAAAAAACCUCUAGAUGAUGAGAAGGAGAGCUGGAGCCAGAUCUGUCCUGAGGGGGACAACGACGCAGACACAAAGGAGUGGCUGAAGGAAUCUCUGGAAGACCUGGACAGCAGGGAGAUGAAGUACUUCCACUGGUUCCUGCAAACUGCAGACAAGAACAAGGACGGCUUCAAGCCCAUCAAGAAGAGCCGCCUGGAGCAUGCAGACCGACUGGACACGGUGGACCUGAUGGUGCAGAUGUACACCACUAACACCAGGGAGGUGGCAGAGAAGAUCUUCAGGAAGCUCAAUAAAAACAUAGGACAUGAUUUAAGUUACUGGCUUCUGGACAUCUUGGACGACCUGGACGAUAGAGAGAUGAAGUACUUCCACUGGUUCCUGCAAAGUGCAGACAAGUCCAAGGACGGCUUCAAAGCCAUCAAGAAGAGUCAGCUGGAGGGUGCAGACAGGCUGGACACGGUCAAUCUGAUGGUCCAGACCUACGCCACCAACACCAAGGAGGUGACGGAGAAGAUUGUGGAGAAGAUAAAGAGCAACAAAGACAACACCGUAGCCGAGGUUGAGGGGCAGAUUCCGCCAUCAUCUCCACCUGCUGCAGAAGAGGAAGUGCUCACCAGGAUGCUGAAUGACUUUGUGGAGAAAGUACCAAAGGAGACCUUCAACCAGCUCAUGGAGGCUCUGAUAGGUUCAAAAGCCCUGAAGUCCUCAGAGAAGAAGGAGAUCCUGCAGAAUCACACCAGGGUAAACAUGGCCAGCUGCUUUGUUGACAUCGUGACAGAGAAAGGAGCCGACACCUCCAAGGAGGUGAUCACCCGUCUUCAAACCAUCGACCCUCAGCUGUCCACUGAGCUGAGCACACCUUCUAGUCCAGGUCGCAAGUCCCGUAAAAAGUCCUCUGCUGUCAAAAAACCCAGGGUGAUGUCUAAGGAACAAGAGGACUGUUGGCGCCAGAUUUGCCCACCGGGGGACAAAGACGUUGUUUUGAAGCUCUGGUUAAAGCGCACUUUGGAAGAUUUAAAAAACAAGGAGCUAAAAUACUUCCACUGGUACCUGCGAAUGGCAGAUGAGUCCAAAGACGGCUUUAAACCAAUCAGAAGGUACCGCCUGAAGUAUGCGGGCCGACUGGACACGCUGGAUCUGCUGUUGCAGAUGUACUCUGCAAAGGCCAAAGAGGUGACAGAGAAGAUACUGGAGAAGAUCCGUAACAAUAAAGCACAGCAUAUGCUCCUGGACAUUUUUGAAGAAAUGGGCGACAUGGACCUUAAGUACUGCCAGAUGAUGCUGCAGAAUACUGACAAGUUCAUGAGUAACAUGCCAUCCAUAAAAAGGGUUUCUGUGGAAAACCAGGAGAUAGUGAGCUCAGUAGGCAUGAUGAUGCAUAUGUACAGCGCAGAGCACAGAGAGGAGUUAGCCAGAGCUCUGAAUGAAAUCCAGGAGAGCACAGAAAACCUGUGUGAAGAUGAGGAUGAGGACAGCAUGUCUCCAGAAGCUAUAAGAGAAAGAAGAAUAAAGAACAUGCUCCUGGAGUUUAUAAGGAAAGUAUCCAAUGAAACCCUGGAACAGCUCUUGAAGAACCUCGUUGCUGAUAAAGUCCUGACAGCCUCAGAGAGCAAAGCUGUUGUUGAGAAGAACCGCACCAGAGUGAACAAGGCAAGCUGCUUGAUUGACAUGGUGAAGGAGAAAGGAUGCGAUGCCGGCCAGAAGCUGCUCAAUCAUCUUCAGGCAAUAGAUGCUCCACUGUUCUCUGAGCUGGAGCUGACCCAGCCUCCUCCUUUACAACAAGAACUGUUGGAGCUUCUAGGCUUAAAGACGAAGGAGGAGGGGAAAACCAAGGAUGGCGAAAAAGCAGAAGGAGAUAAAACGGAGGAAAAGGGAGGCGACCAAUGAACGGGAGAGACGGGUAAAGCACCAGUGGGUUGAGGAGGGCAUCAUCUAUGAGAACCUGAGAACCAGACGCCCUGGCUGAGAACACUGAGAUUUAAAGGCAUGAUGCACACAUGAUGACUUUGAAGGAAUAUCUAAACCUCAGAGUUCUCCGCCAUGCAGACCAUCACUCCCUGAAGACAUCUGAUCAGAGCGACCACUGCCUCAUCGGUGGUCUGCAGUGGACGGGCAGAACUUCUAGGUGUUCCCAUGCAGCCGGUAGGCUCUCACCUUAGAACAUUACCUGAGGUCUAUCUCCACCCGCCUGAGCUCUAGGAUACACAAAUACAUCGGUGUGUAUUGCACCUAGUGAAGUCCAUCUUCUGGUGAACGUUUAGCUAAAAACACAAAAACAGACCGAUUAAUUACGCUACUUGACAUCUCCUUGGAACACUACAGUUCAACAAUGUUAUCGCUCUCCAUCCAGAUGUUUCCUUUUCUAGCUUGUACUCCCCUUGCUGGGAGCCAGGCCAUUCUGACCCGGUAUGACCCAUUUGAUGUUUACCAAACCUGCACCAGCAGCUUCAGCAGACCAGGACAGGGUCUGUGGGUCUGAU